AUGGGAUCGCCAGAACUAGAUCAGGAUAUCUCUCCUAUCCCCCGUUCUCGGGAGGAGAACCAGGAGAGAGCUUUUAUUGCUGCUUCACGGCGCAAAGACCGCAGCUUAGAUGCGCGGUUGGAAUCUGCCAACCGGGCUUCUAUGCUUCAUAAGAAGCGCACCGGCAAGGCAUUCCAUAUCACCAAGGAGAUUGUCGAGAAGGAAGCCAUGUACGAAGAAGUCGACGAGCGGUAUCAAGAGAAGCGCAUUCGCAUGCUGCAAGCCCAGAACAUGCAGAUUGAAGAGCAAUUCCACCGCCAUCUGCUCGCUGCAUUUGCCGCUCGCGCCAAUAGCUCGUCGGCUUCCUCCAUUGCCAGCCGUCGAUCGAGCAUGGCCCCGCGCGCAUCGAUCGAUGGUGGCAACUCCCGCAAGAUGAGUCUGGAUUUGUCCAACUUGCGGACCCCCUUCCCCCAGGGAAUGGAUUCAGGCUCCAUAGCCAGCCCCGCGACCACCGGCCCCGAAGGCUACCUGAUGUCGCCGACGGCCACUUUCGACUCCAAUGCCCAGUCCUUCAUGCCCUGCAUGGAUGGCUCGGACGACUCCCCAUCCGCCUACUCGGGCAUGAUGACUUCCGCAUCGGCUGCGCAAAUUCCGGCCUAUGUCACGCAGAGACAUACCCCGGCACCCACCUGGCCCGCCCAGAUGACGCCGUCGUGGGCUAUGCAACAGCAAAUUCCCACCCCGAGCCAGACACCGACCGAUGCCUCAGCAGUGCACAUGUGGCAGCAGCAGAUGAUGCAACAAGCACAGAUGCCGACGGACGCAGCGGCCGCCAUCCAGAUGCGCCAGUUUAGGGAUCGGCUCGCCUCUGCCCCGGAACUACCCGUCCAGCACCUCGCUCCUCAACCAGCUCCCGCUGCGUCCAUUUCCGGACCCAGUGGCGGCGGCCACCACUGCCACUCGCGUGGGAAGUCGCAGCCCAGUAAUAACAUCCACCAUCUAAACCUGCUUACGCAGGGAACACAUCUGGCACAGCUGGUUCCCUCGGGAACCAGCUCGCCCAGGAUCGAGGCGUUCUCUGCAGAGACUCAGUCCACCCCUGACUUCUGCCCCACGCCCAAUACACCUCUUUCCCCGACCGCCGUGGGGACUGUACAGGCAGAUCCUUCAUUCAAACCCGAAGGUGACGGUGUCAUGGUCUCCCACGAGGAAUUGGAUCCGGAUUUUAAUGAGUUCAGCCAGUUUGCUCUGGGACUGGGCAACUCGAAUCUACAGGAGCGGGAUUUCAACGGGUUCGACGAGUUUGUCGCUCUUGAUGACUUUGGUACAGUAACCUGCUGA